CUUUUAUACAUAGUCUUAGUCACCAAAUGUGGUGCUUCGACCCGCCUACCUGUCCAGACGCGGAUAUUUCUGCAAAUUCCUGAGCAUUGCACAUUUUUUAUGCUGGCAUUCGGGCGUAGCCUUCCUUUGGAUUCGUCAAACAGUCGCGACUGCUUUUCACAGUUGUGCCAUUGCGGUGGUGGCUUCAUGCAGACAAGUCGAGACUUUGUUGCUAAGUCAAGCUUGAGCGCGACCAAAGAGAUUUUCAUUUACCUGUGGUUCCGUUUCUGUCGCCUGACGUUUUCUCUUUGUUUUGUGUGUUUUGUAUGGCGGAGCGUGCGACUCGCCAAAGUGGUGCCAACCGCGAUUAGGGAGUACAAACGCAAAUCAGGUGUCCUUGUCGAGGCGACGUUUCUGUAACAUUUUUAUGCACACAAAAAUUCUAUUGAAGGUUUAACCUUCUAGCGCAUGAAAAUUAGGUUGAUAUCCACUAUAGACUCAGACGUUGCUAUAAAAGCAAGCAAAUCUGCAGAGUUGCUUUAAACGCGAUUUGAAAACUGCAGAGUAAACACUAUAUGAACAAGAGCGAAAUGACUUCAACUGUGCAACAAUUUCCAAUAUAUUCCAUCGACGUAGGAGUUCACAAGGGAAUACCUUUCUACAAUGUCGCAACUUACCACACGAACAACAACAAACAAACAACUCCCAUGCAACACAAAUCAUUGAGCAAUAACUCUUACGAUCAAGCAAGCUCAGCAGAAGAUCAGCCAACAUCAUCCUCCACAGAAGGCAAACAGAAACGCUCACGUACCGCAUUCACCAGAACUCAAAUAUUGGAGUUGGAAUGUGAGUUCCAGAAAAAUGUAUAUCUUUAUCGUACACGCCGCAUAGAAAUCGCCAAGCGUUUGUCGCUCCGUGAGCGUCAGGUGAAAAUAUGGUUUCAAAAUCGUCGCAUGAAGCAAAAGAAGGAUUCAAAACGUUCGCCUUAUAAUGAAAGACUCACGGUAAAAGAUUCGCAAACAUUGAGCGAACAGCUAGCGCACAGAGGAAUAGUGCAACGACUUAUGUCUUACUCCAUGGAUCCAGCGGUAAGACGACAGCAAAACUUCAGAAGUGCAUCCUGCAACAUAAACACAUUGAACCCAGCUAAAUCUACAAAUAUCGCUAAGCCUAAAACGCAAAUUACAUAUACGGAAAGAGCAAGUGCGAUACCGCCAUCGAUACCAUCCCCUGAUCUGGCAGAAAUAUUACAACAACUUAACCAAAGCACAGGCAUGACACUGUCAACAUCCACUAAUGAAGUCGUUGCAAAUCCAGCGUUGCCACCGAACACCCAAAAUCUAGCUCGUGUUGACGAUUGUACAGGAGAUAACAAAAUAGUGUCUUCAGAACCGAUGUUAUGCGAAAAUAUAUCUGUUGCAUGGUCUGCAACAGCUCAAUCCAUAUCUACACCGAAGCCCUCAAUGAAUCUGUCGUGGUGCGAACCAUUGAACUGGCUACUGGCAGAGAGUAUUGAAUAUUAAUUAUGUAUUAUGAAAUAAUGAAUACCACAAAAUAAUAAUAAUACACUAUUUAUUAUGUUUUUAGCUAAAAUACCAAACAAAUUAUUAUUUAAUCAUAAUAAAAUAUAUAAUGUAUGUAUGUAUGUAAUAAUAAUUUAUUUUUAAUAAGUAAGAAUGUUAAUAUUAAUUAUUUUAACUUUCUUUACUCAAACUAUAAAUGUAUGUAUGUAAAUAGUGUAAACGUGUAUUAUUAAUUUUAAUAGUAUAACUAAAUAAUUCAAAAAUAAUAAUAAUAAUAGAUUCAAUAUAAUAUGAUUUUAAUAUGACACCAAGACGAAUAAACCACGGAAUUCAAAUUGACAAUUUCAAA